UUUUCUGAGAAGUGGGAACGAGGCUUUUGUAUUGAUUUCUUUUUCGUUCCAUUUUCGUAUUUAAAAAAUUUAAUUUAACAUUUAAAAGCAAAAAUGACCUCUUCAAUUGUUGGAAAGGCAGUGGAAGAUGCUCAAGGGGAUGGGCGCUGGAUGAGCAUGCACAACAGGUUUAUAUCUGAAGGGAGAAUGCUUAAUCCAAAAGUUGUAUUUCUUGGAGAUUCCAUUGUUUUUCAAAUGCAGGAUAAAGAGGCAUGGGAUCAAUACUUUAAACCAAUGAAUGCACUAAACUUUGGAAUUGGAGGCGAUACAGUUGAAAAUGUACUUUGGAGAUUAGAGCAUGGUGAACUUGAUUGUGUUAAUCCUCAGCUUUUUAUCAUACUUGUUGGUACAAACAAUCACCAUAGCACAGUCGAAGAGGUUGUUGAGGGGCUUGAGUUAAUUGCCUGGACAAUCCAAGAAAAAAAACCAGAAAGUAAAAUUCUUUUUCUUGGUCUUUUACCUCGAGGAGAAAAGCCAAACAAGCUUAGAGAUAAAAACAUGGAGGUUAAUACUGCGCUUGAAAGAAUGGUUCCAAAUGUGCCAAAUACUACCUUUCUGAAUGCAGAUCCAGGGUUUGUAACCUCAAGUGGCCAGAUAAAACCAAGUGAUAUGCGUGACUAUUUGCAUCUUACAAGACAUGCAAAUGGUAAAGUUUGUAACAUUAUCCACAAACACAUUACUAAAACCUUUGGCAUUGUAUAAUGGGAAUUCAAAAUCACAAAAUUGUAGCAAAAGCAAAUACAUAGUAGUUAGUUGAUACCCUAACCUUGAAAGAGACUUAAAGAGGUGGUUUCUUAACAGCUUAAAUCGUCUCUUAUAAGAGAUAUUGCAAGAAAUAUAAAAAGCAAAGGAAAUUUUAUAUUGAUUUGAUUUUAAAAUGAAAGCAUAAACUGAAUCAACACACCUCAUCACAUGACAAGGUAAAUUAGCUAAUGCAGUCAAACAGUCAGAGCAUAAAGCAUAAACUGAAUCAACACACCUCAUCACAUGACAAGGUAAAUUAGCUAAUGCAGUCAAACAGUCAGAGCAUAAAGCAUAAACUGAAUCAACACACCUCAUCACAUGACAAGGUAAAUUAGCUAAUGCAGUCAAACAGUCAGAGCAUAAAGCAUAAACUGAAUCAACACACCUCAUCACAUGACAAGGUAAAUUAGCUAAUGCAGUCAAACAGUCAGAGCAUAAAGCAUAAACUGAAUCAACACACCUCAUCACAUGACAAGGUAAAUUAGCUAAUGCAGUCAAACAGUCACCUUUUUGAAAUAGUACUAAAAUUCUACCACUUGUAGAUAUAUUCCCAUUAUUAUUUUCUCAAAGGAGAAAGUAGUUAAAGAUGAAAGCCUAAUAAAUGUACCUAUCAGGAUCCAAUGUUCUUAUGACCAAUUGCGAAUGAACCCUUUCCAUUUUGAAAUCCCUCUAUGAUUGAAUACUUUCACAAAUAUUACACUUUAUAUCGAAGGUUGCAUAUUGAAAAAAUGUUCUCCAAAUAAUUUUGAACAAAGAGACUAGGGAUUUUUAGGUUAAUGUAGAAAUUUAUUGUAUCAGUAGAUUAAUUAUUUUAUAAAUAUAUUUUAGUCAA